UAUGCGUGAUAAGAGAGCAGACGUGAAUAUUUGCAAAGAAAUGAUGAAGAACAUCAACAACUAUACUAUGUAGGUAGAAAAUUACUAAAGGUGGUGAACGCCAAUUUUUUCAGUGUACUACAUUCUUAAUUCAUUAGCGAUAUGGCACACACGCAAUGAAGGUUUUCCUUAUUGAGACGAUAACAUCGCGACCUUAUACUUAUUUACGUUGUUAUGAGUAGUAGAAAUGCAUCGCGAGCUCAAAUGACCCCUGCAGUUUGCUACCUGUAUUUUCGGCUUAUCAACUGCGAUUGACCGGCGUUGCUGGGCUAAUUACUCGAGCACGUUUUAGUUCCCACAGACUACUCGAGUAGUGUACACACCUCCCUUUUCUUCUUUUAUUGAAUCCCUUAUGCAUUUUUGCUCACUUAUUAUUCCUAUAUCAACAAUCGAAAAAUAUAAUAAACAAAGUUUAGUCUAAGAUUUAAUGUCACAAGUUUAUUAGUAUACAUUAAACGUUAAAUACGAUCGGUGACAUGCAGCAACGUGUACUCGGAUGAAUUGAUUAUUUAUUAUUCUCCAGCUUACUUGGAAUAAGUCUCCUGAUUGGGAUAUACUUUGGCUUUUGUAGUAAGCAGAAUAGUGUCAAUGAAUAUUUGUUUGGUGGUAAAACGAUGGGAUAUGUUCCUGUUGCUAUAAGCAUUUUAGUCAGUUUGCUGUCAGGAAUAACGUUUUUGGGAAUACCUGCUGAAGUUUACUUUCACGGAUGCCAGUACUUUUUGUCUACUAUUAAUACUAUCUGCACUGGCUUGAUGACAGCUUAUGUUUUUAUGCCCGUUUUUUAUAACCUACAAGUAUCUAAUACGUAUGAAUUUUUGGAACUGCGAUUCUCGAGACGAGCUCGAAGUUUUGCAUCUACUCUGUACAUACUAUCUCUUAUAAUGUACGUUCCUAUUAUUAUCUACGUGCCGGCUGUUGCAUUUUCUGAAGUUACUGGAUACAGUAUUCACCUAAUUACUCCUGUACUUUGCAUAAUUUGCGUUAGUUAUACUUCAAUGGGUGGAGUAAAAGCUGUAGUUUGGACUAAUACUAUACAGUUUGUAUUUACGGUUGGAGGACUAGUUACGAUUCUCGUUAUUGGAAUUAGAUCCGUCGGCGGAUUUCUUAAUAUGUGGAGAAUUUCCAACGAAGGAGGAAGACUUGAAAUUUUUUAUUUUAAUCCGAGUUCAUUUGUUCAUAAUUUCUUUUGGACAAUGACAGUAGGAACUAUAUUUUCGUCCGUAAGCAAUUUUGCCGUUAGCCAAAAAUUUAUCCAGAGAUUUUUAGCUAUUAAAACACGAGCUGAUAUAAAUAAAGCUAUACUGCUAAAGACAGUAGGUACUAUAAUAAUUGAUAUUUGCGUGGUCUUCACCGGACUUGCCAUGUACACCAAGUAUUAUGAUUGUGAUCCUACAAGUGCAAAACUAAUACAACAGAAUGACGAAAUUGUUCCCUACUAUCUUAUGGAUAUAACAAAGAAUAUACCAGGUAUAUCUGGUAUGUUUCUCGCUGGCAUAGUAAGUUCUACUUUAUCUACAACAAGUGCUAGUAUUAAUGCUUUAUCUGGACUUGUUUACGAUGGUUUCAUUGACCCAUGGAUAGCUAAAAAUGCAAAUAAAGAUGUCAAAGCUGCUAAUAUCAUGAAGGUGGUUUCCAUAGCUAUUGGAUUUAUUAGUAUCAUUUUGAUUUUCGUCAUUGAACAUAUAGAGACAGUAUUAGAAAUUUCUUACAGUAUCCGUGGAACAGUAGAUGGACCGAUUUUAGGUCUAUUUAUUCUUGGUAUAUGCGUACCAUGCGUGGGAAACAAAGGAGCAUUGACCGGCGCUUGCGUAGCUUUAUUUUUUAUAUCAAUAAUCGUAAUAGGAUCUAAAUGCCACAUAAAUAAAACUUUACGUUAUUCAAAUUUGCCUUUAAGUGUUAAAAAUUGUCCCUAUCAUUUAAAUGAAACUCUUUCUGAAACUACGACACCGCCACCUGUUAAUCCAAACGAUGAACCCAUGAUACUUUUUAAAAUCUCAUUUUUAUUCUUUGUUUUUUUCGGAUCAGUUAUAACCGUGGUUGUAGCAGUAUCAACGAGUCUUUUAAUAGGGGAGUCUGACGUUUCAAAGGUCGACCCUGAACAUAUUACUCCGUUAAUUCGAAGAUUUUUGCCUAAAAAAAGAAUUUUGAGGCAACUUUGAAUGUAAUUCAUCAACAAGAACACUUGAUCGAAGGAAGAGAUAACGAAAUUUAGCAGUUUUUAAAAUAUCAUAUUCUAUAUAAUGCAUAAAUCAUAUCUACUAGAUCCGCCUGAAAAUAGAACUGGAUAACUUAUUAUGAUAAGAGGAGUUGCCAGAAAAUUUUUUGGGCCCAAUUACAAUUUUUGCUGUGGUAAUCGUGUAACGCUAACAAUAUUAUUAUUAAGGAUACUUGGAAAAGUUGCGAAGAAAGUUUCCAAAUUUCAAAAUCAUGCAGAGCUAAAGAAAUGUUUUCAUAACUACGAGAUGCAAGAAAUUCAAGCUAAAUAAACAAUACUUUAAAAAAAUCUAAAUUCUAAGU